CUAGUUUCGGUUUCUAACGAUCUUUACUUCCGUAUGAGCGAUGCAACAACAUCGCCGAGACUGAAAAAUUAUAUCGAUUUGUUGUUUGUGACUCACUCUUGACCAUUUUAAGAACUUUAAAACAUGGAAUUACAAGACGAUUUUUACAAUGUCCCCCAGUACAUUGAAACUGCUUCUGGUAACAAGGUUAGCAGACAAUCAGUGCUUUGUGGAAGUCAGAAUAUUGUCAUCAAUGGAAAGACGAUCGUAAUGAGUGGAUGUGUCAUCAGAGGGGACCUGGCCAAUGUCCGUAUUGGACGCCAUUGCAUCAUCAGUAAGCGUGCUGUCAUCAGACCAGCGUUCAAGAAGUUUUCGAAAGGAGUUGCCUUUUUUCCUCUGCACAUUGGUGACCAUGUUUUGAUUGAGGAGGAUUCCAUUGUGAACGCUGCACAAGUUGGCUCCUAUGUUCAUAUUGGAAAGAACUGUGUCAUUGGUCGGAGGUCAGUCCUGAAAGACUGCUGUGCUAUAGCAGACAAUACCAUUCUUCCUCCGGAGACUGUUGUUCCUCCUUUCACAGUUUACUCUGGUUCUCCAGGCAAAGUCAGCGGAGAUCUUCCAGACUGCACCCAAGACCUGAUGACUGACAUCACCGUCAGUUACUACCAGCACUUCAAACCUCAUGGAAAAGGCAAAUGAUGCAAGGAAUAGACCCUUAGAAUACUCUCCUGAUGUCUAUUGAUUAACAUCUAUUUGUUUCUUUGUUCUGUCAGCGCCAUGUACUGAGUCUGUUGGUUUACAUCUACUGCCAGUCUGACUUUUGCAAUAUUUGUUUGUCUUGAGAGUGUUUACUUUACCCAGCAUCACAUUGGUGCUUACAAAUUAUCCGCCAGCUGUUCAGAUGUACUUUGCCCGACGUUUUGAAACAAAAUUUUUGUUUAUCUGCUGUUUCUCAAUCUGUGGAAUUGGUUGCAUAUAAUCAUGAAAUGAUUGGUAGAAAUUCAAGUUUUAAAUAUUGAGAAAAACAA